GUGUCAUGUGAUAACUGAAUUGUAAAGCUGAAAAAAACAGCCUUACACAGCUCUGCUUUGUGCUCUCAAUCUUUCUGAAACUCCUUCAGGGACCACAUUUAUGUGACAAGGGUGGACUUACUGCACCGAAGCUAACAGGUUGUCAGAGGAGUAUGCAGCACAGUGCUCUUUGUUCAUAACUCAGCUCAAUCCACCUGUUAAUAAUGACCAUGCAGAUGGGGAUAGUGCUUUUAGCUCUGCUGGGCCUCAGCUCAGCGCUCGUCUGUCCUGAUGGAGGCAUGUGUGAGGACAAAAACACCUGCUGCAAGAACACCGCGGGAGGAUACGGCUGCUGCCCGCUUCCUCAUGCUGAAUGUUGUUCAGAUCAUCUCCACUGCUGCUACAAGGGGACGACCUGUGACCUGGUUCACUCCAAAUGUGUCAAUAAGACGGUUUCUCUGCCCUGGAUGACACGGGUUCCCACCAAACAGGCCCUGCUUGUCCCACAGCUUGAGGAGCGAGUAAAAGCAGUCAUUUGUCCAGACAAGGCGUCCGAGUGUCCGGAUGAGACCACCUGCUGCCAGCUUCUCGACGGCUCCUGGGGCUGCUGUCCAUUAGUGAAGGCGGUGUGUUGUGAGGAUAAACUUCACUGCUGUCCAGGGGGAACAAAAUGUGAUAUCGCUCACUCGAGGUGUGUGUCCGCCUCACUGGAGUCCUUCCCCAUGCUGCAGAAAAUACCUGCCAGGAGGAGGGACAGCAGUACAGCCUCUAAAGUCUCUGCAGUUACCUGCCCAGGUGGUAGAAGCAGCUGCCCUGAUAGUUACACAUGCUGCCUGCUAACCAGCGGAGACUACGGCUGCUGCCCGUAUCCAGAGGCCAUAUGCUGCAGUGAUCACCUCCACUGUUGCCCUAGCAACACUCAGUGUGACCUUGAGCAUGGUGUCUGCAAAUCUGGUGAGACACACCUACCGCUGCUGAAGAAGGUUGCAGCUGUGCCCAAUGAUGUUGAAUGUCCAGAUAAGAAAUCAGCGUGCCCUGAUCAGACGACAUGCUGUCAGAUGGCAAAUGGCACCUACGGCUGCUGCCCGAUGCCUGAUGCUGUCUGUUGUUCAGAUCACAUCCACUGCUGUCCUGCAGGAACACAGUGUGACCUCGUCCAUGAGGCCUGUGUGUCACAAAGAGAGUCCAGCGAGUUCAUAGAGAUCAACACUGCAGGGACGGAGCUGAUGGAAGUACAGAGAAAUGACAACUCUAAAGGUGGUGCCGUUCCCUGCAAUGACUCUGUGGCCUGUUCUGACGGGUUCACCUGCUGUAAAUCAUCAGCGGGUAAAUGGGCGUGCUGCCCGCUUCCAAAGGCUGUGUGUUGUGAGGAUCACCUGCACUGCUGUCCUCACGGCACCGUCUGUAACCUGGCCACCUCCACAUGCAAUGAUCCUUCAGGCAGCACUGUGAUGCCCUGGCUUGAAAGGGUUCCCGCCUUCCCUUUCGUGGCCGAGAACAACAAGUGUGAUAAAUCCACAUCGUGUCCAGGAAAAGCCACCUGCUGUAAGACCACCAGUGGAAGCUGGGCCUGCUGUCCUCUGGCUCAGGCUGUGUGCUGCGAUGAUCACAUCCACUGCUGCCCUCACGGCACUGUCUGCAACCUGGAGGCUCAAAGCUGCAACGACCCGUCGGGCUUCUCUCCGUCCCUCCCGAUGGUGGAGAAAGCAGCGGCUCUGAGGUCAGACGUACAGGAUGAGAAAUGUGACAAGCAGACAAUGUGUCCCGGAGGAACCACCUGCUGUAAGAAAGACUCUGGACAGUGGGCAUGCUGCCCCCUACCUCAGGCUGUGUGCUGCACUGAUCGUGAGCACUGCUGUCCAAAAGGCUACAAAUGUAACAUAGCUGAGCAGACGUGUGACAAACCCGGAGCCCUCAGUCUGCCCUGGCUGCAGAAGAUCCCGGCUCUGCAAACGGAGAAUACCUCGGCUGUUUCUGGUUCUCGUCGACCCAUCAGGAACAUGUGCGACGCCCAGACCAGCUGUCCAAAGGACACGACCUGCUGCUUCAUGGACAGGACAAAGAAAUGGGGCUGCUGUCCUCUGCCAAAUGCGGUGUGCUGCAGUGACGGAAAUCACUGCUGCCCCAGAGAUCACACCUGUGAGCCCCACCGCUCCUCCUGCUCUAGGGGCCACCAUGUCGUCCCAUGGUUCACCAAACUGAGUGCUCUGACCGAGCCGAGCUCCGUCAGGGAUGUUAAAUGUGACGACAAGAGCAGCUGUGCUUCAGGAACGACUUGCUGCAAGCUGGAGACGGGAGAGUGGGGCUGCUGCCCGCUAGUUAAGGCGGUUUGUUGUGAGGACCACCAGCACUGCUGUCCUCAGGGAUACACCUGCAACAUGCACACAGGAACGUGUGAGAAGAAGAUCCAAGACUGGCUCAUCAGCACCCUCCCUCAGACCGAAGUGGUACGGCCUGAUCCCGCAGUCACAGAGGAUGACACAGACGUACCAUGUGACAGCUUGGGGGUGUAUCACUGCCCCCAAAGAGACACGUGCUGCAAGAUCUCAGCCACCGAGUGGGCCUGCUGCCCUUCUCCCAAGGCUGUGUGCUGCUCAGACUCGAAGCACUGCUGUCCUGCAGGAUUCUCCUGCGACAUGAAGUCUAAAAGUUGCACCCAGCACUCCCCGCUGUCCUGGGACUCUCUGUUUGGGGACAGAAACAAAGACUUUACUCCACAUGGACUUUAAUGUUUAGACUUAUCUGUAUAAACCUGGGCGUGUGUCAUCAUCCCAUCUACAACUCAUUUAGUCUAUGGACAUGAAGGGUUUUUUUUCCCACACUCACAGUUUGUUCGGUCAUUAAAGGAAAGUAUUUACAUG